GGCAGCCCCCAGAAAUCACGUGGCUCCAGGCAGGAACCCUGACACUCCAGAGCCGCCUCCCGCACACUCCCGAGGCCCUGACGGUCCCCCCUACGGGGGCGGCAGGAGCCGGCAUCUUGGCAGGGCCUGACCCCCGUGCUGUCCUCCACUCCCGACCUCCCCCUCUGGCCCUGCCCCCACCCUCGCCAGCCGUCCAAGUCCGCUUUCUGGAAGGGCGGGAAGGGAACACCCAGCCGGCAGCGUCCCAAGUGCAGAGAGAUGGCUCCCACUGCUCCCAGGGGCUUGCUGCACGGCCCGCGACCUCCCACCUUCUCCCGGACAGAUGGCACCUGGAGUGCUGUGGGCUCUCCAGUCCCCAGAGUAGCCUCUUCAAUUCAGUUAUCUCUGCCUGGGCGCCAUAGCUUUCCAGACUGCCCGUGGCAGGCGGGAGGAGACAUAGUAGGGAGGCCCCCACGUGGAAGCAACCGGCAGAGCCCUGCCCGGAGGGAGCCACGUGCUGGCUUGUCAGCCUUUUCCUCUAAGGGGAGGUGUGCGGGGCCGCGAGCCAUGAGCGGAGCCGUGAGGAGUCUGGACUCGCCGGGCCUGGAGAUGGUGGGAAACUGUUCCUGGGAGGCCCAUCCCGGGGACAGGAACAAGAUGUGUCCCGGCGUGAGCGAGGCCCCGGCGCUCUACGGCCGUGGCUUCCUGACCAUCGAACAGAUCACCACGCCGCCACCGCCGGCCGUCAUGGACUACAUCUUCCUGCUCCUGUGUCUGUGUGGCCUGGUGGGCAACGGGCUGGUCCUGUGGUUUUUCGGCUUCUCCAUCAAGAGGAGCCCCUUCUCCGUCUACUUCCUGCACCUGGCCGGCGCGGACGCCGGCUACCUCUGCAGCAAGGCCGUGCUCUCCGUCCUGAACACGGGCGGCUUCCUGGGCACGUUCGCCGCCUACGUCCGCGCCGUGUGCAGGGUCGCAGGGCUCUGCAUGUUUGUCGCCGGCGUGAGCCUCCUGCCGGCCAUCAGCUCGGAGCGCUGCCUGUCGGUCGUCUUCCCCGCCUGGUUCUGGCGCCGUCGGCCCAAGCGCCUGUCGGCCGUGGCGUGCGCCCUGCUCUGGGCCCUGUCGCUCCUGGUCACCACCGUGCACAACUACUUCUGCGUGUUCCUGGGCCACCGAGCGUCCGGCGUGGGCUGCAGGCACAUGGACGCCUUCCUGGGCAUCCUGCUUUUCCUGGUCUUCUGCCCGCUCAUGGUGCUGCCCUGCCUGGUGCUCAUCCUGCACACGGAGUGUAGGGCCCGGAGGCGCCAGCGCUCCGCGAAGCUCAGCCACGUCGUCCUGGCCAUGGUUUCGGUGUUCCUCGUGUCCUCCAUCUACCUGGGGGUCGACUGGUUCCUCUUUUGGGUCUUCCAGAUCCCGGCCCCCUUCCCCGAGUAUGUCACCGACCUGUGCAUCUGCAUCAACAGCAGUGCCAAGCCGGUCGUGUACUUCCUGGCCGGGAGGGACAAGUCACAGCGGCUGUGGGAGCCUCUCAGGGUGGUCUUCCAGCGGGCCCUGCGAGACGGUGCCGAGCUGGGGGAGGCCGGGGGCGGCACGCCCAACACGGUCACCAUGGAGAUGCAGUGCCCCUCUGGGAACGCCUCCUGAGAGGCCAGCGCCCGGGGGGGAGGCAGGGACCGCGGCCUCCAGAGACCUUCUGCCGCAGGACGGGAGCUCGGCCACCGCCCCGGGGCCCAAGUGCAAGGAGAAAAGUCGCUUCCUGCCCUCGCGCCUCCUUCCCCGCGGGCUGGAGGCACUAGGGGCCACCGGGAGACUGAGAAGCCACCUGCAAACGGGCCCCGACAGACCCCCCCCCCCCCCCGCCCCAGACAUUGUCCUCGGCGCCCAGAGGCCUACUGUAUGGAAGUCACCCUGGGCUGGUCAAGGGGAGGCGGGGGGUCAUCCAGGCCCGUCCGCCUCCUGCCCCUUUGAAUCUGCCCUCCUUGAAAACGACACAGCCAGCACGGUCGCCCCCGGGGUCAGCAGCUGCGCCCCUGCUAGGGCACCUGUUCUCUCCAUUCCAUCCAGUCCAAGCAAUGUCGGGGAGCCAACCUGAGCGCAAUGGUGCUACCUGGGAGAAGGUUCUGGUUAACCUGCCUUGGAGUUCGGUCUUUCUGCACACAACGCCCCAGCCCCCCGUCCAGGAAUCCUUUGGGGACUUUAAUGGGGGCAGAGGGGGGGGUGGUUUCUGGUCAUGGCAAGCAGCCUGCCGGGACGGAGCUUGGGCCAGUGUGGACAGAUCACUCCCUUGUCAGACUCCAUGCGGCCAGCCCCGGGACCCCCUCCGGAGCGCAGGCUGCCAUGUGCCUGGUCCUCGGGGCUUGGCAGACUGGCCAGCAGCCUCUGGGCUCCGUCCCCCGCCUGGGAGCAGGCGCUGGCUCGACCCAGCCACCCCAGCCCACCUCCAAGCACAGUGGCCCUGUGCAGCCCAUGCAAGUUUUAUGGAAGCCAAUAAAUGUAUAUCAAUAAACAUUUUAUAUCGUGCACUGA